AUGGGCCAAAACUUUCUUCGUCGGCUGCCCGCGAAUCGAGUGGCCAGUUGCCCGUGGCGGUUCGCGAUGUUCAAACGCGAAAAUAAAAGUCUUCCCAGCCUGGUGCUGAUAAUACUGCUGGCUUUCGGCUCAGACCUGGCUCAAUGUGAGUCCUCCAAGGAGUCCUCCGAUUUGCCGCAGGCCAAGUUCGAGUGGCCCUCGUUUGCGUGGAUGCGAAAUAAGACCACGAAGGUUAAGCCCUCGUUGGACCUGAAGAAUGACUACAGCCAAAUGGAGUUGGCCAACUUUGGGGACUUUGAUCGUCAUCCGUGCAGAAGAGUUUGCCAGGAGGGGCAAUCGCAGAACUGCUAUUACCAACUGGUGGUGCACAAUUACCAGAGACUUGGACCGGAGUGUCAGAGGUGUCAGUACGAUGAGCGGGCCUGUGCCUCGGAGCAUUGUAUUUAUGGCGAUGGAGUCGCUAAUCCUGUGAUGGCUGUUAAUCGCCUGGUUCCAGGACCUUCCAUAGAGCUCUGCGAGAAUGACACUGUCGUCGUGGAUGUGCUGAACUAUCUAAGUGAGCCAACAACGAUGCACUGGCAUGGAGUGCACAUGCAUAGAACCCCCGAAAUGGAUGGGGCACCCUUCAUUACCCAGUAUCCUUUGCAGCCUGGCGAGGUGCAACGCUACGAGUUCCAGGUGGAUCGAAGUGGUUCGCUGUGGUACCACAGCCAUGUGGGCUGGCAGCGGGGAUUCGGAGUGGCUGGUGCUCUGAUAGUUCGCCAAACGCGACAGGAGAAUCAGCACGCGCAGCUGUACGAUUAUGAUCUGGUGGAGCACACCCUUAUGAUUCAGGAUAUCUUCUACGAGUACAAUCUGCAGGAUGUGCGGAAUAUUCUGGUGAAUGGCAAGGGUCGCAAUCAUCUUAGCCAACUGCCCGACAAUGAUAACCGUCAUCGGUAUGAACGACUUCGCGUUACUCCUGGCUAUCGCUACAGGAUACGAGUUAUCCUCAACGGCAUAGCCAAUUGUCCUGUGGAGUUCUCCAUCGAACAGCACAGGCUCUUGAUGAUCAGCACCGAUGGCAAUGACAUUGAACCCGUGCUGGCCGAUGGCUUCUUCUUGACCUCCGCGGAGCGUUUUGAUUUCAUUUUGGAUGCGAACCAGUAUAAGAAAAACUAUUGGAUUAGGAUCAAAGGCUAUGAGCAGUGCGAGGGUCGAAAUCUUUAUCAAGGAGCUGUGCUCAGCUAUCGCGGAUCUGCGCGCUCCGAGUUGCCACAGGGUGAUAUUCUGGAUAAGCAAACUAGUCGGGCUGCAGUGGAAGAUCCAGUCUUGGUCAACGACUUUCGAUUUAAGCCUGCCAAUUCCAGCGCCAUAUCCUCACUGCGCCAGUCCUUGGACAAGGAUAACAAUGUUGGCACCGUGGCUCUGCGAUCCGUGGAUCCUGUGCCCUGGACUCGUUACACCAAGUUCCUGACCCACUACUCCAGUUUCGGUUCGCGGACAGCGCCAAACGGAGAACUGCAGUUUCAAAUCAGUGAUAUUUCGUAUAAUUCCCCUGCAAUAUCCCUGCUGCAGGGCAGGCAUCUCUACCAGGACGAUGGGUACUUCUGCAAUAAGAGCUCCCUGGCCGCAGAAGGACGCAAUUGUGAGCGCGAGAUUUGUGAGUGUGUGAAUGUGAUGCGGCUGCCGGCCUAUCGUCCUCUGGAGAUGGUUGUAGCCAACUACUUGGAAAGCACACAUCCUUUCCACAUACACGGCUUCACUUUCCGUUUGGUGGGCCAGGGAGUACUGGGCAAUCUCAACGAUCUGCGCAAUAUUCAGGAGCUGGAUCGCAGAGGUCGUCUUCCUCGCUUAUCGGAUGACAGCGCUGCCGUGGCCAAGGAUACUGUGCAAAUUCCCGGACAGGGAUACAUCAUUGUUCGUUUCAUCUCCAAUAAUCCCGGAUUUUGGCUAUAUCAUUGCCAUGUGGAAGCACACGCCGUCCAAGGAAUGGUGGCGGUGUUGAAGAUCGGCGAGGAUCACCAGAUGAAAAACAUUCCGGCACGUGUGCGCUGUUGA